AUGUUCUCUUAUUUGUGGGUUAUCUGUGAAACUGAGAAACAAACACAAAUGUUCAAAUUAGCAGGCAAGCACAUUACACAAUCUGCUUUUUUUAAAAGGUAUCCUAGGAACUGUUUCUGUUUCUACGACUGAAUGAACAAUUAACCAAUGCAAUACAAUCACAUGGGUUAUGUUCUGGGGAUGGCUUGUAAAGGCAGAAAGGUCAACCCAGCACAAGCAGCCUUGCCUUUUUGGAGCCAUGCACCAAACAGGCCUUGUCCCCCCCACCCCCAAGCUUAUCAGGUUCUGGGGUGCUCUUUGAGAUUUUGUGGGGUCAUUCAAGUUCCUGUGAGAACUUGCGAGAGCAUCCCAGAGCCUGGUAAGCAAGGCAGAGAGUUUAAAAGCUCUUACCAUGCCAGGAAAAACCUGUGCAAAAUAGCUUUAAUUUGUGUGAUUGAUUUAAUUUAAUUUGUAUGAUUUAAUUCAACCUGUAUGAUUAAUUUAAUAUAAUAUUUGUUAUUAUGCCUUUAAUUUGUGUGAUUUCAACCGGACAGCCUUCAAUUGCAUAAAGUUGAAAUUGCAGAUGUUAAAUGCACAUAAGUUGCGAUUUUACUGUACAAGUUAUACAAAACAGUCAACUGAGGCAUUUUCCAUCAGAGAGCAACUCUGAACACAGAACAUUGAGUAAUAGGCAUGUUCAAAUUUUUAUCCAAGCACACAAACACUCCAAGCGAAGACAGGGGCGAUUUCCCCCCCCCCCCCAGCAAGUCCUUAAGAAAAUUCAGCAGCAUUUAGCAUGAAUUUCUGGGUAUUCAGUUUUGCCCAAUUUACACAAAUUUGCAAAGCACAACUUCCCCAAAUACAAGGCAUGUGUGGGUGCUUACACUAAUUUGUGGGGGUUUCACACCUUACACCAGUACAUGCAUUUUGUACACAUUGCGUGACUGGAGAACUGCAUUACAAAAUUCAGAGAUGCACACAUUUCAAAGGCUUGCAUGUUUCAGAUCGCAUGGUGUUUUGGAAAAGGCAGAUUAAGUAGAUUUGCCUAUACAUGCAAAGUGAACCACAUUUCUACCUCAUCACUUCCAAUCAUACUUUGCAACAAUGAUACUAUAGCCGAGGCACCUUCAGCUUUUUUCCAGAUUUUGUUUAGGGCAGCAACGGGUUACCUGUCUUUUGGCUAUGCUAUAAAAUAGUCUCAGAAAUAAACCAUGCUGUCCCCUUGGCAAAGUGUGAUGUCUCCUCCUACCUACAAAUAUAUUACCCUCCAUUCAUUCUGUCUAUCUAAAGUAGUUCAAUAACCUAGGACAUCUACUGGUUAAGUCUGAUGCUGAUUACUUCCUGGUGAGAUUUCUGGCACACUGAGAGGCUGAGAAAGAGUGAAGGAAGCAGGGCAACGUAAGUACAUUUAGAGGUAUUUAACUUUAUUUGGGGCUGGUGCUUAAUUGAUCCAAGACACAUCUUUGUAAAGGAUACUGAUGUCCUCUCAAAAAGUCGCAGAGGGCUUUCCCCUUACUUUUGAAUAACCGGAACCCAUUUUAAGGGCAGGUAGCAUGGGAAUCCUGAGUCUUUUACAUAAGGAAGUGCCAUCUGGCAUAGGAUUCCCUUUCUCUCUAAUCUGGAGGCUUACUUGGACUUCCUAGACUGGGAAUCAACCUCCUGAUGAUCGCUAUUAUCCUGAUAAUCAGGACACCCUGAUUGUUGGGACCGAUGUGGGUGAGUUUCUCAUCAGUGGCACCUGGACAGUCCACCCAGAAUCAACAACCACCUUACCACUGGUGGUAGGCCCAAGAGCCCCUUCUCCACCAGGGCCCACUACCAGAGGACCCCUUCUGUCAUGGCAUCUGGCUGAGAUGGCUUUGCAACAGGCACUAUGUGUAUUUUGUGUGUAUUUUAUGGAACUGAAGAGAGCGAAGAACUAUGAAUCACAGGGAGAGUGUGUGUAUGAACUUAAGAGUGCUUAGUUUAUUUUUUUAGUUGUUAUUUUGUUAAUGUUGUUCAUAUUGCUUACAAUAUUAGAUUAAAAAUGCUGUCUUGCUUUGUUAAUCAUAUAAUAGUACUUGUGAUAUUUAGCUUUUAUUAGUUGUUGCUUUGUAAACAGUGUUUUAUAAAUUGUACAGUCAUACCUCAGGUUGAAGUCACUUCAGGUUGAGCGUUUUCAGGUUACGCUCCUCGGCGACCUGGAAGUAACAGAACGCGUUACUUCCGGGUUUUGCCGCUCUUGCAUGCAAAGGCACUCAAAAUGACAUCACGCGCAUGCGCAGAAGCGGCAAAUCGCAACCCACGCACACGCAGAUGUGCAGUCGCGGGGUGCAUUCACUUCAGGAUGCGAACAGGGCUCCGGAAUGGAUCCUGUUCACCUCCAGAGGUACCACUGUAAUUGUUUCACUGAUUAUUUGUUAAUUAUUCUAUAUGAUUUAUGUUGUAUUUGUGAUGUUGGAUUACUUUAUGUCAUGUUAUUUUUAUUCAUUACUGGAGCCCAUGAGCAGCUGGAGGCUGCCAUAAGCAACAUUAUUAUACCAAUGCUUUAUGCAUUCCUUGAGGAACGGGGCCAAAUCUGGAUGCAAGCAGAGAAGGAAUGGGUCCCUGCAAUGGUGAUGUGCAAAAGAACUAAGCCAUGUUCCUACAAUGCAAAGCCUAUGGAAGGAACUACCUACUGAAGGAACCUUAGGCACCUGAGGAGAACUCAUGCUUCAGCUGUGCUGCAGUCUGACUACUCUUCAUGAGAGCCUUCAGUGGAACAUCACCCUGACAAUGUCAGCAGGAGGGACCUCUGCCUGAACUAGAGGAAAAGGAAAGGACCACACGGACUCUGAGUACAUAUGCCAGCAAAGUAUCAUGACUUCAUUAUGGGUUGGUGGUAAAGGCUUCACUCCCCAUCAGUGAGUUGAGCACUUGUAAUAUCUGACUUCACAAUAUUCAGAGCCUGGGCCCAUUGACUUGUUGGUUUAUGUCUGGGAAAUGUUUGGGUUGAGAAAGGGGAUGUGGUACAUAGUGUGUAAAAGGAGAUUAAUCUUCGGAGCUUGGGUCUAGUGACACGUUGGUUUAUUUCUGGGAAUUGUUUGGGUUGAGAAAGGGAAUCUUGUACACAGCAUGUAAAAGAAGACUGAUUGCAACUGUGGCUCCUUCUAUGACUCAGUGUGUGGGAUUUAUGGUGUAUGUGUUUCAUCUGGCCUCAGAUCUUGUCCUGUUUAUCAUCUGCUUAAGGAAGCAACUAUUUGGUAGUUCUCUUGGUGCAGGGGGAACGGGGAGGUGUGACACUGCUUGAGUCAAUGUACAAGGGACUCUCUUAAAACUAUUACACUCUCCACUGGCUCUACUGAAAGACCAGCAACGACCGGCCCCUCUAUAAUUUUUUCCAUUCCUGCUGUUAUCGGUAAGACCUCUAUGACAAAGAAUUGGUGCUUUCUCAGCCCUUUUCUUUUUUGGGUUGUUGGCCUGAGGGGAGGGAUUGUCUUCUCAGAAGCCAAACAGGCCAUUUGUGCUAUUCCCACAUGGUUUUAUCAAACAUGUGACGGAUUCAUAGAAACAGAUGGACGGGCCAUAGCUAAGUGGAACUUCCUCUUUCUGUGUGUAGGGGAAAGUUUGUUAUAUUUGUCCAAAUCUGAGAGAAGGUUGUUUGCUAUUUUGAUUUGUUUUUGUUGGUUGGUUUUUGCAGACAUUUCAGCUAUGACAACAGAUCCAGUGAGAAGACAAAAUGGAAUAAUAGCGUUCAUUCUUCCAAAUGGAGCCGACAUAAUUCAGGCAGGCCAGGGGAUCCAUGCUACCAUUGGGCAACAACCAGGAGUGGCACAAUAUAUAGACGAGCAGCUUGGAAGCAACCAACCUGAGCGGAAGCGUUGGGUGAGGGAACUGGAGAAGAAAGUAAAAGUAGAGGCUAAGACUUUAGGGGUAAGUGCAGAUGUCAUCUGCUCUUGUUUCUGUCCCGGGUGAUUUCAGUGGUCACCAGGAGCAAUUGUCAGUUCAACACUUCAAAUAUGCAACAGGCAGAGCUCUCAUAUCAUGAGCCAGUGUGGUGUAGUGGUUAGAGCAUUGGACUAAAGCUAGGGAGCCCCAGAUUGAACCCCCUCACUUGGCCAUAGAGUUCAGUCACCAUUUCUCAGCCUAAACUACUUGACAGGGUUGUUGUGGGGAGAAGAUGGAGGGGCAGGGAGAGUCAGGGAGAGCCUAGAGAGAAGCACUUUUCUGGUGCUGAAUGCCCAUGUACAGGGAAUGAAUGAGGGACAGCCUACCCUUAACGAUAUGUUUUUAGGGAAACUCCAAGGAUUUUCCUCCUGAGACCCCCAGGUAUACAAUGUACCUGCAUACCUACUAGUUUGGAGGCAAAACAAGACAACCCUCAAUUAAGGAAGUGCUUUCUGCAUUCUCAAUUUUGUCUCCAGGAAUGAGGAAGGACAUUAAGUUUGUAAAUUAAAAGAAAAAACAGGUGUGUGUUUUUAAGCACUAAGAAAGUAUGGCAAGGUCCUGUGAACUUCUAGGACCCAUGGAGCACUGAGGGAAGUGGAGCCAGAGAAUGUUGAGAUUAUCAACUGAAAAAAUGGAGGAAAUGGCUGGCUUGAGCCAAUAGCAGAGUCAGGGAGGGUUAAGAUCUCUUGUGCCCACCUUCCUAACUACUGCAGUUGGUGGGCUUUUAAGCAGGUCCUCUGUAGUUGUGCCGUCCCACCUCCAGCCCAAGGAACCUUCAGAAGGGAAUUGCUGUUAUGGGCAUUAUGUGCAAGUGCAUUUUAAUGAGUGCACUUAGUCAAUGACUAUAGACCAAUAGCCUUAACAUCUGUCGUUAUGAAAUGUUUUGAGAGAUUGGUGCUAGAUCAUAUUAAGGCUGGUCUUCCAUCCACUCUAGACCCGUUCCAGUUUGCAUACAGAAGAAAUAGAUCUACUGAUGAUGCUAUUUCCAUCGCUGUCCAUACUGUACUGAGUCAUCUAGAACGACAGGGAACCUACGCAAGGCUGUUGUUUGUGGACUACAGUUCUGCCUUCAAUACAAUUCUGCCAGACAGGUUAUUUCUUAAAAUGACCAAUUUGGGUAUACAUCAGAAGAUCUGUCUGUGGGUAAGGAAUUUCCUGACUGAUAGGCCGCAGACAGUGAGAAUGGGCCCUUACUAUUCUUCUACUCUAGUAUUAAGCACAGGAGCCCCUCAGGGAUGUGUGCUAAGUCCCUUUCUCUAUUCCCUGUACACAUUUGAUUGCACCCCACUGUAUGAGUCCAACACAAUCAUCAAAUUUGCGGAUGAUACAACAGUGGUGGGGCUCAUUAGUGAGAACGAUGAGACUGCUUAUAGGAAAGAAGUACAGGGGUUAAUUCAAUGGUGUAAAGAAAACAAUCUUAUGCUUAACACCAAAAAAACCAAAGAACUCAUAAUUGACUUUAGGAGAAAGAAAAGCGUAUUUUUACCAUUGCACAUAAAUGGCGAGGAGGUGGAGAGGGUUGGUAGUUUUAAAUACCUGGGCACUUAUAUCUCUGAGGACCUCUCAUGGACUGUAAAUAUUAAUAUGGUUGUGAGGAAGGUGCAGGGGAGGUUGUAUUUCCUGAGAAUGCUCAGGGGACUGAAUCUAUCUCAGCACCUACUUCUGUCCUAUUAUCACAGUACCAUCGAGAGUAUCUUAACAUAUAGUAUAUUAUCGUGGUAUGGGAGCAGCUCUGAAACGGAUAAAAAAGCUUUACAGAGAAUAAUUAAAAUUGCCCAGAAUGUUAUUGGGCUCCAACUACCCACCCUGGAUGAGAUCUUCACGUCUCGCACUUUGAAGAAGUCACACAAUAUCCUGAGAGAUCCCACCCAUCCUGCUCACAACUUCUUUGAACUGUUGCCUUCGGGCAGAAGAUAUAGGACAAUGAAAACACGAACCACACGCCUUCUGAAUAGUUUCUAUCCAAGAGCUCUGAUUGCACUAAAUAAUGAUCUCAGGGCCAGUUGCAAGGAAUAGCAAGCAGGGAGGAAUGAGACAGGUUUUUAGGUUAUGUUAUGCUUUUAAUAGGUUAUGUUACAUUCUGGAGUAUGAUAUGUUUUAUAGAUUAUGUCUGAAUAGGAUGAGAGUGUUGGAGAUACGUGCAAAUGUGUAUGUGAACCCGGUCUUCGAGUGGGUGUUUGAUUUUCGUUGUUGUGUAUACUGUGUAUAUACGGACAAUGACAAUAAAUUUAUCUAUCUAUCUAUCUAUCUAUCUAUCUAUCUAUCUAAUGAGCAGAACAGAGUGAAAGAUUAUGACUCAUGGGGGUGUGGAAAGUGUGUGUGUGAACUUAACAGUGCUUAGUUUAUUUUUUAGUUGCUAAAAGAAGCUUCAACCCAUCUUCAAAGCCAGACUCACACAAAGCUCAUUAGAGCAGCCCAUUCUGGGGGUAAUCAGGGCAUAAGGAACUGAGGGAAGAUCUACAGACCUAUAAAGGCUUACUGCUGGCACACCAAUCUAAGCACUGCCUUUUGUAAAGCCAGGUUGUAGAAAGUUAUGUGUUGUUUCUCUUUGGUGACUGGGUUGAACUCAUAUACACAUAUUUUAACUGAUGUACACAUUUUUGCAAGUCUCCUCAUGUAUAAUACAUUUGUGUGUGUUGUUUUCACUGAUAUGUUCAUUUUAUACACACCCCUUCUUCCAAUAUAUGCAUUUUUGUAAACAUUAUUUGAUUGGAGGACUGCAUUGCAAAAUUCAGAAAAGUGUUUCGAUGCCCAUGUUGUUUCAGAAAGUGCAUUUAAAGCAGUUUCACCUUUAAAUAUGAACUUAAUCACUUCCGGGGUGGCGCCAUCGGCAAUGGCGGACUCCCUCCGAACUGGAGGGACCAGCUCCGCAUGAAAUGGGUCUUUUCCGCUGCGGCGAAGCGGGGACCCUUCUGGAAAUCACAGGCGGGUGAAGCCUGUGACCGUGGGACUCGGCGGGCACCCUCAGCGCCCCCCCCAACCCGCAAAGGAACCCACAAACGGGCUCCGGGCGAAGAGGGGAAGUGGCGCGGUGCUGUGAGUCAAUCGCUUUUCUGCGGAGCGAAGCCGCAUAGCCGUUGCCGGAGAGCGCUGCCUUGUCCUGGGACAAUUAGGCAUCUAAAAUAACCAACCGUGAGUACUGGAACAUUGAAUAUUUGGACUUUAAAUAAGAACUGGCGAAAUAGAAAGGAAUUUGGACUUAAAAAUUCACCUUAAUUUGGUACUGAAACGGAAAGGUUUAAACAGGAAGUCAACCUUCCGUUUGCCUGUAGCCAGAACAAAGCAAAGACAAAGCAAAAUAGAGCCUUAAAAAUCACUUUCAAAGGAUUGACUUUCACCAUUUAAAAUCGCUUCGGCAGCGCAUAUACUAAAAUUGGAACGAUACAGAGAAGAUUAGCAUGGCCCCUGCGCAAAAAUGUCCUCUGGAAUACAAAAGAGGGAGGUAUGAGGAGGUCCGGGAAACAAGUAAAUGUAAGAGAAGUGAUGAAAAGAUGGAAUUGUUUUUAACUGUUUUUUCUUUUUUGUACUUUUGUAUUUUUCCUUUUUAUUGUUAAUUUUCUUAUUAAUGUAAUCUUUUUCUUUUGAAAUUUUAAUAAAUAUCAUUUAAAAAAUAAUAAUAACAUCGCUGAACCCCCCCCUUCGGUAGCAGGAGAGGAAGGGGGAUCUCUUUUCUGAGUUGUUUAAACCUGCAGAAGUGAAUCUAAAGCAAAGUAAUUUUCCUCCGUCCUGAUCCUGGAGCGGGGUGUCAGAAUUGACGUUUGAAGCUCAUUGACCAGAAACAAAUGUUUUUGACAGAUAGUUAAAAGAAGUGAAACAUAGUGACUCCAUUGCCUCCUUUCGCAUUUUAAAAGAACAAAUAUGGACAAAAUAUCUUAAAAAAGAGACUUUGUUGCUAUUGUUUUUAAGAGAAAGAACAACCAGAAGUUUUUCCCCCUAGAGGGGAAUUGUGAAAUUGUAACUAAUCCCUGGGAACUUGCAGCUGUCACUGAUUACAACCGUGGGAAAGGGUUUGUGACCUUGCAGGACAAUGUCUGCAGAAGCACUGUUGGGUGCUUUCUGCAAAAUAAAUGCCCUAUUGGAUCAGUUAAGCCAGAAGACGGAUUUGAUGACUAAUGCGGCCAGAACCUUUAAACAGGUAGUGGGAAACUAUAUGGAGCCCACCCAGGAACUAAAACAGGAGCUUGCCAUGACAGAACAGUUGAGAGAAGAGGAUUUUGCUCAAUCUCGGGCGCCAGAGACGGAAGGAGUUGCGGCCCAGCAGGAAUAUAAAUUUUUGGAUUUGACAAAUGAACUUGGAAAAGACCAGAUUUGGAAAGGAAAAAUUUGGUUUGGAAAUGGGGGGUGCGAUAGACCCCCCCCUAUACAGGGAGAUUUGGACUUUUCGAGUCUGGAAAGGGGCCGCCAGAUGUUUGGAGCAGUGGGGGCUCUUAACUUUGAAGGGAAUCUGGAACAUGUUUUUAAAUACUACAUCGAGUCUAGUCUGGACUAUGGAAAAGGGACUUUUUUGUUGAAAAGGGUCAAAAAUAUCACCAAGCUGGAGUUCCCACGAAUAAAAGGAAAAUAUGAAGAAGAGCAGCGGAAGGGACAUGGAAGAGACUUGAGAGCCUCGGAUAUAAGAUGGCCAGGUUAAUGUCCUAGAUUAAUAGGAUAAAAAGGACUGACAAAACCCGGGACCAGGAGGAAGGGACGCUGGACAAAGAUUGGAUUGUUUACUUUUUUAUUUUAUCAUUAGGACUGUUUUAUAAAAUUGAUGAAUGUUAGGAAAAUGUUGAAAUGAAAUUAUUUGGCUCUUAUAAAAAUGUCUAAAGAAUUAGGUAAGAAUGUGAUGGUUAGGAGAAGUUGGUAAAAAUUAAGAUUUAAGUUCUAAACUUUAAGAUUCUUUCUUUUUAUAUAUAUAUAUAUAUAUAUAUAUAUAUAUGAUAAGAUGAAAAUAGAUUAAGGUAAUGUGAUGACAGAAUAUUAUGAAUUAGGGAAAGGAUUUGAAAGAGGGGAGGGAUCUGCUGAAAUAAUAAUUUGAACUGGAAUACAGAGAAGGAAGGCGCGAGGAGGUCCGGGAAACAAGUAAACGAAAAAUAUGUGAUGAUUGAAUUGUUUUUUAACUAUUUUUAUUUUAAUUUUUUGUAUCUUUUUUCUUUGGUAUUUUUCUUAUUUCUUUUCUAUUUUGUAACUUCUUGAAAAUCUUAAUAAAUAUCUUAUUUAAAUAAAUAAAUAAAUAAAUAAAUAAAUAAGAACUUAAUCAAAUUCCUAUGUCCCAAUCCCUCAGAUUGAAAAUUGGGUGUUCACAUUUCUAGGCUCAAAUCUGGUUAAGGAGAGAUCCUCUUUUACUUUUGCAGUGAUCAAAAUACCUCAUCUAGCUUUUGUUCAGGUGAUAUUUCUGGACUGUGCUAAAGAGUAAGCGCAUAUCAGAUUUAUUGGUUUCCUUUAAAUAUUAAUGCACAGUAUUGUCAGGAUUCAUGCCCAAGGCAGCUAGUAAUGAUAAGAAAUAAAAAAAUAAAAAUAAAACAGUGAAAUAAAAAUAGUAGCAAAAACUAUCAUUCUAUAUUUCCAGGUCUCUAGGAACAGUUUAAAAAUAAUAUUGUUUGUGUAUUUUCUUCCUACAGGCCAUCCAGAUCAUGAUUGGAUUGAUACAAAUUGGCUUUGGGAUAAUCUCAUUUUUUAUUGUGGGCUCAUUCUAUGCCCCUUUGGCCAGUGUAUCAUAUUUUCCAUGCUGGGGUGGAAUAUUUGUAAGUAUCGUGUUCUUUGCCUCGCAUUUAAGAAUCCAGCAUGCUAAACUCUGGGACUUGGCAAUUUUCAAAAACAUUUCCUCAUGUGUUCAAGUAAGGAGGCAGGUGGUGAAAGUUAACAUAAAAGAAUAGGAGCCCUUUGGAUUAUUUUGAAAUGCCAGUACAUUAUUAGGGGUAAUCUCUUUCCUUUGCUGUAAUGCAUUUGAGAGGUUUUUCUCUAUUUAAGGCGUUUAUAUGCUACUUAAUAUUCAACAUUUCUGAGAGGUGUACUUAACAUUUUUUAAAUAAAAUCAUUGAAAGAAUAAGAAUUGAAUAGUAACAAAAAACUUUUUUCUUUUUAUCCUUGUUCUCUUUCUUGUCUUGUUAAGGCUACAUGUUUCUAGUGGAUUUUAUUAUGUUUUUUUUAGUGAAGGUUUUGGUCAUGGUCGUAUAUACUGACAGCAACCUCAAUUCUACAAGUCAGUGAUGCAGAUCUAGAAAUUUUUGAAUUGGUUCUGGAAAAUGUUCUGAGGCAAACUGGGGUAAUCUGCAUUGGAAAAUUUCCAGUUCCGAACAGAUGCUUGAGAUCUAAUUUAGCAUGCUGAUUUUACAGUUGCUUAAUAAACAAAACUGAACGCUGUAUUCUCUUGCAUGUAUAAGGAAGGGCCACAUCUCAGUGUCAGAGCAUCUGCUUUGCUUGCAGAAGAUGCCAGAUUUCAGUCUCAGCAUCUCUAAGUAUGGCUGGAGAUGUCCCCUGCCUGAAAUUCUGGAGAACUGCUCCCAGUAGAUAAUUCUGAACUAAAUGAACCAAGGGUCUUACUUAGUAUAUAGCAGAUUCCUAUGUUCCUACUGUGUGUAGGGAAAUGGAACCAUCCAUUCACAAGGUGGAGUUAUCAGGCUUACUGAAACCCCAAGGUUUUCAGCCGAGCGGACUAAGCAUGCUGAGUGUUGACUGGCUGUUGGGGGGGGACAGGAAACUACAUGGAGGAUCAACGUGACUGCCUGGGGAUGUGUACGCAUGGCAGUUUAAAGUGGAUUUGAUGCAUCCCAUGCAUGCAUGUUUUUGGGUGUCAUCCGCACUCCUCCCCCCCAUUUGUUUCAAUUUUUCCCAGUCCGUGGAUAAAAAGGGAAAUGGGGGGGAGGAUCCAACAUAAAACCACAUUGCGUGGCUGGGUUUUUUGUUUUUUAUGUGUGUAUUGACAGUUUACUGUCACCACACCCCCUACACUAAUGAGGCGUGUGAGGCAAAUGCCUCAGGCAGCAGAAUCCAUGUGGGCAGCAGAUCCUGAUCUAGAACUUUGCUCCUGAUCUAGAUCUUCACUUGCUCCUUCUUCCUUGGCAGGGAGGGGAGGCAUCGUUUUGUGGUUUGCCUCAGGUGCCAAAAUGUUUUGCUGACAAGACUCCCACAGUACCAGGUUUUUCUAAGUAGAGAGUAUUUUACUGUAAAUUUGAAGUGAAUUGAUAUGCAUCUCUCCCCCCCCCUUUUUUUGAACAGUUCAUUGUUGCUGGAUCCAUCUCUGUGUCAACUACAAAAUAUAGGAACCGCAGUUUGGUGAGCUAUAUACCUUUUUCUCUUCUUCUGUAAUAUUGGAUGUGGCCAGUAUUGGUCAUAAAUUUUGUUUUUCUUAUACCUCUAGAUCAGCCUUCCCCAACUUGGUGCCCUCCAUAUGUUAGUAGAUUAUUCUGCACCAGUACUGCACCCUUGACCUUUGGCCACGCUAGCUGGGGCUGAUAAAAAAUUUAAUUCCAACAUCAUCUGGAGAGCAUCAGGGCUGGAUCUAUACUCACUCUUUAAACGUUCCUAGAAUGAUGUUUUUGAUAUUCUAAAACAAAUAAGUAUUUGGUUCCUCUGCUUCUGUUUCUGCACAGUCUACCCCAGUUGGCAAGGCUUACCAGGCAUGGGCCGGAUCACUCCCACAGAGAUCCUCCAUGGGCCAGACAGGUGCAGUGCGACGCUGGAAAUCGCGUCUGCACAUGUCCGCUGCACCGAAAAUCGCUUCUGUCCAUGCCCAGAUGCCGAAAAUUGUGCCUGUGCAGAUGCAAUUUCCAGCAUCUGGACAUGCACAGAAGUGAUUUCCAGAGCUGAGGAAGAGAGUCCCCUGGUUUAGCACAGCACGUGGGGACUCGCUGAGUGGGUGGCUCGGUUCGGGGGCAGCUCGGGGGGCAGUUAAACGGCCUUCAUGGGCCACUUCAGGCCCAUGGGUCUUAGGUUGCCGACCCCUGGUCUACCCACUUACUUGACAGGGCAAACUCAGCAGUGUCACCUGGUGUCACAUUUUAAUAACACAUUGUUGAUGUUUUAAAAGAAUGUCAUAUGGCUAUAUGAUUAUCAUAACCCUUUUAAAACCCAUUUUUAUCAUUAAGAAACCACGAGUGUAGAUGAGGGGAGGGGGGAGGGGUAGCACUGAAAAAUGUAGGGAACAGUAAAUUACCCAACACGUUUCAUUGGCAACCUUUCUUAGAGACAAUGAAACAAUAACAAACCAUAAUUCAAACAAAAAUAGAACACAAUUAGUACAGAUUAAGGGCUAAUUGUAUAUAAGACAUCUUCCAUGUUUUGUAAGUUUUUUAAAUGGUCUGAUUAUGGUUAGUGACUAAGGCAGUUUCCUGUCAGGCCCAGUAGCCACACCUGACAUGAGCAUUAGCUGGCCUCCACACACCCACACACACACACACACCCACACACCCACACACACACCCUGUGUGUACUUUUUGGUAUCCUAAUCCUUCAUAUCACUCUUUCAGGUGAAAUGCAAUGUGGGAAUGCAGGUCACAAGUGCUACAUUGGCAACAAUUGGCAUAAUUCUGUACACAGCACAGUUGUGUAUAAAUCAACCCUAUUUUUUCUAUGGCUAUCCCGGUCCUUAUCCAGAGAGAACAUUGGUAAGUGAGCAAGUCCCACAAUAACUUUGAUCAUAUAAUAUCAUUAUCAUAAUUUAAUGUUGUAAGUUUGGGAGGUUUAGUUUGGAUGUCAUUUGAAGUGUCUCUUACAGCCCUGUGCCUCUUGAUUCUAAGACUGAGAUUUCGCCAGGAGAGGAUUAAUAGAACAAGCAGGACUGCUGGAUAUUAUCUUCAUGGCCCUGGCAAGAGUGGUCAGUGCCCCUGUCUCUCAAUCCAUUGGCUCUAUUGAAAGGAGAAAGCCAUUUGGGGAUCAGGACUUAUUUCCUUCUCUGUUACUGUGUGUGUGUGUGUGUGUGUGUGUGUAAGGAAGCAGUAGCCUGUCAUUCUUGGAACUGGGCUAUAAAGGUACAGAGGCCUGAUCUCCUUUCUGUGAGAAUCCAGUGUUAUCACUGUAAAUCAAACAAAGCAGCGGGACCUUGGCUUGUAUAUGUGUGUGAAGAGAUAAAUCCUGUCCACUUCCACUGACCAUCAUUUCAAAGAAACCAAACCCAAGGUAUGCCCAGGGACUAGGGAUGGAGAAAUCUGUCUGUUUCAGUUUCUCAUUUUUCCAGUUCACGACAUUUCCUUAUCAAAAGAGGACCCACCUCGAUAUUAAAAGGCCAGAGAGAAUCACGUAAUUGUCUGGUUAGGUCCUUUCCAGGUUCACACCGGGAAUAUAUUAAUAAAUGUUGGGAUGGAAUUAAGAACCGUCCUAUGGAAAUCAAUUGAGAAAUCAAUAUUUUAAUCCAUGGUUGAGCACCCAUCCCAUUCCCAGUAUUCAAACUUGAUGGUGUUAUGAGCUAGUGGUUGGGCUUUCUGAUGUCUGUAUACUUGCCCUUUGCCUCCUCAAACUUUGGUAAGUGUGUAUACGAUUGUAGCUAUAGUCUCAUAGCCACACUGGGUCUUUCACAUGAAAGUGGAGAGUUUUCUUAGAACCUCUUUCCACACCUUCUCCCUACUAUAAGGCAAGUAGAAACUGAACAGAGAUGUCUCCAGAUAGGCAACCUCCUGGGUUGGUGUUUCAGAGAAAAUUUUCAGGUGGCUGCCUCUCAUCUUAUGCCAUCAUAUGUCACCUCAAAAUUAUUUCUGAAACACCAACCCGGAAGGAUGCCUAUCUGGAGACAUCCUUGUUCAAAAACAACUGAGUCCCUUUGUUGGCUGAAAGUUAGAAACUGGGGAGAAGAGAGGAGGUUCUGUUGAUGAGAAAAGACACAGAGAUAUGUAGCGUAGGAUAAUCUCCCAUUUUUAUUCUCAUAACGCCAGAUACUACACAGUUUCAAUAGUGAACUUACUUCCUGAUGUCUUACUAUCCAGGCUAGUGCAUUCAUUUUAGAACAUUUCUGUCCUACCCUUUCACAGAGGCAUUUUUAAAAAUUCAUUAAUUUUUACAUUUAUAGCCCACCUUUCCUCCAAGAAGCUCUCCUCAGACCCAUUUUAUCCUCACGACUGAUUUACUGAUAUAAGAGUUGUCAUUUCACCUGCUUCUCUGUUCUGCAGCUUUUCAACAAAGUAGGUAACGGGCUUUGUACUGUGCAUCUCCUGUUCUGCUUGCUGGAGUUCUGCAUCACCGUUCCAACAGCACAUUUCGGGUGUCAGGCAACCUGCUGUAACAAGAUGGUAAGCAUUUGUUUUAGAAAGCUGGUAAGAUGAAAAUGCCUGGGCUAGACAAUAUGAUGCUGUUGAUCUACAAAUCUCAUGAUUCCUGACAACUGGCCAUGCUGGCUGGGGUUGGUGGGAACUUCUUCUUCUUCUUCUUCUUUGGCAGUCACUCGUAGCUGAGUAAGAUUGCCUUCCAUAAACACGGUUUUAACAAUGAAUCCGUAAGUGACUGUGGAGGCCAAUUCUGGAUCUGCACGUCCUUCCACAGUGGGGACAUUGGUUUCCGGGCGGGAGUUGAUCAUGGUGUGGAUUUGCCAAGCGUACCUGAUGUUGGAGAUUCAUUCCCCGUGUCUGCAGUCAUGGGAUUGUUGUCUUUCACAUGACGGUGUAUGUUUUCAUCCCACAGUGUGGGUAGUGACAAAGAUAGGAUGUUUUGGUAUUACUGUGUUCCGUGAAGUGGGACUAUUGUCCUUUGUUUUCUCUCUCUUUGCUGUCUGAUGAGAAAGAGCCAGGAGCUAAGUCAAAAUGCUCUGAGUGUAUUAUAUGUAAAUAAAGUAGAUUAGCCAAAAUGCUGCGCUAUUGGUUCUGUUACGCAAACUGCGAAUACUCUGUGGAUCCCUAAGUGUGCCAAUGCCUUUUGGCAUAGUCGCUGUGAUGUUUGGGCAAAAGAAAGCUUUUGAAGCUCCCGAACAAUCGACCAGGAGGGAGAGAACAUGCCAGUUGGGCAUGUGUCUCUGACAAGGUCCUACACGAGAGUAGGACGCUCCUAACACCUUCCUCUUAGCACAUUUCUCCCUUGCAUCCUGAGUUCAAGUGUCUUCAAAGCCCAUGACACCUUUGGUAAAGGCUGUUCUCCAACUGGAGCUCUCGCAGGCCAGUGUUUCCCAGUUGUCAGUGUUUAUACUACAUUUUUUUAGAUUUGCCUUGACACAGUCUUUAAACCUCUUUUAUUGACCACCAGCAUUACGCUUUCCAUUUUUAAGUUCGGAAUAGAGUAGUUACUUUGGAAGACUGCAGCCCAACAGCGUCUAGAGGAAACCAUACCUGAGCUAUGCAAACAAAUGAACCUGAAUGAAAAAUGCUGCUAUGCUAGCAUCAGGCAUUUGUAGCUUCCUCAGAAACUUCAGCUGGUAUCUGUGGUGUGAUACUAGCUUAAAGGGGGAAUGGGAAAGAGGGUAUAUAUCCACCAGGAGAGGCACUUCCACUUCUACAUCUGAGGCUCCUGGUGUUUCAUACUUACUGAAUCAGACAUGGGGAACCUGAUCUGGCCAGUACACCAGCUCCUUAUCUCUCAUACUUCUUGUGGGCCAAAUCUGACAGGUAGAUGGGAGUGCCAACCUGUCAAUCACCUGAUGUCACAUUGAUGUCAGGUGAUGAUCGCCUGGACUUCAAAGCAAGAUGUAGAGCUUGCAAAGGGCCCUUCACCAUGCUUUGAAGUGCAACUGAUAAGCAGGCUUGAAGUCAUCACCUAUCAGCUGGUGGGCAGUGACUUCAAACCUGCUUUCCUUGAGGGUCAGUUACUGUAUAUGAUUGAAGUCAUACACACACCAUCAGCUGUGGGCUCAUCAAGCCUGCUUUCUGCACAGAUUGAGGUUUUUUUCCCAAUCCCCCCCCCCCAUUUUCCAAAUUAUUACAAAUCAAACCAAAUUAAUCUAAUUUAAUGCAAUUUCUUAAAAUCAGGUUUCCCACUCCUGUUCCAAACAUAUGAUCAUCAUCAUUUCCUCACAUAGCCACAUAAUUUCUUAUUUAGAGUCCAGUUGAGCUCUCCAGACCCCACUGGAGAACAUUGCCAGGAUUUUUGCCUCAUAAAUCCUGGCUUCCCCCUGCCUGAACCUCCUUGCUGCCUGCAGAGGGCAGCGAGGAGCAACCACCAUUGUUUGGUGACGUAGCCAGAAAACCUCUGCAUGGAUUGUUUUUAUCUGCUGUAUGCUUUUUACAUUUUUAUGUACACUGCUUAGAAACACCAGCAAUCAAUUAAAUACAUAGUAAGAACCAUGUGCAUUUUUGAGAAUGUCUGGUGUGGAGGGAGAUACCUACAAAUGAAGAUGUGUGGCAUCAGCUAUGCAGCUAGAGUUCUGCUUUGUAAUAAUUUGGGAUAAUUACUUUAAGGAAGAUAAAGGUCUUGGCACUGAAGACAGUCACCAUGAUGAUGCCAGUGAUGAAAAUAAAUUCUUGGAAUGAUCUACCUCCCCUGUGUUUCAGGACAUGGACCUUGUGCCCAUUGUUAUCGUUGGAGAUGAUGUGGCCCCUGCUGAAAACAAUCCAGCUCCACCAACUUAUUCUGAUAUAAUGCUUUCUCCAAGUGCUGAUGGUUAG